AAAAAUGAAGCAUACCUUUACAGUUUACAUUGAGAUUCCAUACAACUGUGAAGGCGAAACAAAAUCAAUUUAAAAAGAAUAUUCUUCCCCGUUGAAAUAAUUUAAACAGUAUUUUAUAUACUGAUAACUUCACUCCUCUGCAUCUGGUAGCUCCAUAAUCAUCAUUCCACAAUGGAGAUCUUCAAUUCCUUAUCUAUCUCCAUAUUCAUCUUCUUCUUAAUCCUUGUCUACAAAUUACUUGUUAAACCAGCCAAAAACUUGCCACCAAGCCCACCAUCAUAUCCAAUCAUAGGUCAUAUCCACCUCCUCAAAAAACCCCUUCACAGAACUUUUCAUUCUCUCUCUAACAAAUUCGGUCCGAUCCUCUUCCUCCGACUUGGUUUCUGUCGUGUGCUUGUAAUCUCAUCUCCAUCUGCGGUGGAAGAAUGUUUCUCCAAAAACGAUAUCGUAUUCGCAAGUCGUCCUCAUUUAUUGGCCGGAAAGCACUUCGGUUACAACUUCACUGCAAUUGGUUGGGCUCCUUAUGGUCAACACUGGCGCAAUCUACGACGGAUUUCUACUAUCGAAGUAUUUUCUUCGAACAGUGUUCAGUAUUUUUCGAGUAUUCGUAAGGAAGAAAUUGAGUCUGUUAUCAAGCACUUGGUAGGAAGAUUUAGUGGUGGUGAGGGAUUUGUGAAGGUUGAAAUGAAAUCACUGUUUCUAGAAUUGGUUUUUAAUGUAAUGAUGAGAAUCGUAGCUGGGAAAAAGUUUAUUGAUUAUGGAGACGAUGAGAGAAAAAAGAAGAUUGAAUUGGAUAACUUGAGAGAGAUGUUUGUACCAAAUGUGUCGAUGAACUUGGGGGAUUUUUUCCCGGUUUUAAAGUGGUUUAAUUUUAUAAUUGGAAUUGACAAGAAAUUAGCAUAUCUACAUAGAAAAAGAGACGCAUAUUUGCAGAAUUUGGUCGUAGAACGUUGCAAGAAAAGAGAAAAUGAUCCGACUGCUCAAUGCGAGACGAAGAAGGUGUUUAUUGAUGUUCUCUUGAAACUGCAGGAAACUGAACCUGAACAAUACCCUCGAGAUAUCGUCAAUGGACUCAUCGGGAUAUUUUUCACGGCUGGAACAGACACAUCUGCCCUUACAAUGGAAUGGGUGAUGUCGGCGCUGUUGAAACAUCCCGAUGCGUUAGAAAAAGUCACGGCCGAGAUUGACCUUCAUGUUGGAAAUCACCGCCUCCUAGAUGAAAAUGAUCUUCCAAAGCUACCAUAUCUCCAUUCUGUAAUCAACGAGACAAUGCGACUAUAUCCAGUAGCUCCACUUUCGGUACCACACAUGUCGUCAGAAAAGUGCACAGUAGGUGGAUAUGAAGUACCACGCGGAACAAUUUUAUUGACCAACAUUUGGGCAGUACAUAAAUAUCCAAAGGCGUGGGAUGAACCAAUGGAGUUCAAACCAGAGAGAUUCAUCGAUGCGUUAGAGAGAGAUAAAGAAGGACAGUUAUGGAAUUAUAGUUUUUUGCCAUUCGGAAUGGGAAGGAGAGGGUGCCCUGGGAAUUUGAUGGCGAUGCAAUUUAUAAUGUUGGUGUUGGGUAGAUUAGUUCAGUGUUUUGAAUGGGAAAGAUUAGGAAAUGAGGAAGUGGAUAUGAGUGAAGGGCCUGGUCUUACCAUGCCUAAAGCUGAGCCUUUGGUAGCUGUGUGUAAACCUCGUCAAUCCAUGAUGGAUUUUCUCACCAACAAUUUGGUUGACCCAGGGAAUUUGAUUUGAAAUCUUUGGUACAUAAAGGAAAGGGUAGGUGACCUUUGGUUGUAUUUUUUGAUCAUGGAAAAGUGAUCUUUUGUUAAGUGUGAAGUACUUGGAUCAAUAUUGAUUUUCCGAUGGAAGUUUUAGUGGCCUUGGUUUGACUUUGGUUCUAGUAUUGAUAAGCUUCACUAGACUAAUCGGGCACAAAAAGUAAACCUGUAAAAUGGCGUGCUCAAAGCUCAAAGUAAAUGGAAAUCCUUGCCAGAAAAAGAUGAAGAAGAAAGUGAAUGGAACUAACUGGUUGUCUUAUCAUUACGGGUUGUUCAACAGAUUGACAGAUUGUAAUUCAUUUGCUCUAAUAAAAAUAUGAUUGAGUUACAAAGUUUUUAUUGUUUGAUCAGAGGGAAGAGUUUA